UUUCUCUCCUCUCUUGUGUUGGUCUUCCAGCUGUGGCAGCCAGGACCCCUCCAGAGCCAAGACCUUCUCCAGAAGGUGACCCCUUCCCGCCACCGCCACCACUACCGAUGUCAGCCCUGGUGCCCGACACUCCCCCAGACACCCCUCCUGCCAUGAAGAAUGCCACUAGCCCUAAGCAGCUCCCACUGGAACCAGAGAGCCCCCCAGAGCUGGUAGGACCCAGGCCAGCCUCCCAGCAGGAGGAGUCCCCUUUCUCAGAAGUGAAGAUCAGGGGACCCACCCCUCCAGCCACAGGCCCACGGGAUGCCAGGCCUCCUCGGAGGAGCAGUCAGCCAUCCCCAACAGCAGUGCCAGCUUCCGACAGCCCUCCCACCAAGCAAGAUGUAAAGAAGGCAGGAGAGAGACACAAGCUGGCAAAGGAGCGGCGGGAAGAGCGGGCCAAGUACCUGGCGGCCAAGAAGGCAGUGUGGCUGGAGAAGGAGGAGAAGGCCAAGGCGCUGCGGGAGAAGCAGCUCCAGGAGCGCCGGCGGCGGCUGGAGGAGCAGCGGCUCAAAGCCGAGCAACGCCGGGCAGCCCUGGAGGAGCGGCAGCGGCAGAAGCUCGAGAAAAACAAGGAGCGCUACGAAGCAGCCAUCCAGCGGUCAGUAAAGAAGACAUGGGCUGAAAUCCGGCAGCAGCGCUGGUCCUGGGCAGGGGCCCUGCACCACAGCUCCCCAGGACGUAAGACCAGUGGGAGCAGGUGCUCCGUGUCGGCAGUAAACCUGCCCAAACACGUGGACUCUAUAAUCAACAAGCGGCUCUCAAAGUCCUCUGCCACGCUCUGGAACUCCCCCAGUAGAAAUCGCAGCCUACAGCUGAGCGCAUGGGAGAGCAGCAUCGUGGACCGUCUGAUGACGCCCACCCUCUCCUUCCUGGCGCGGAGUCGCAGUGCGGUCACCCUGCCCCGAAACGGCCGGGACCAGGGUAGGGGCGGCGGCCCUGGGAGAGCCCUCACGAGGGGCGGGGCAGGGAUACCUGCUGGACCUGCCAGUGACAUGCUCAGAGUGGGUAUGUAUGUGUGUGUGUGUGUGUGUGUGUGGACACUGUGCCCUCAAGGUCUAACUCUUCCCUUUUCUCUCAGUCCCAAAUCUAAGGCCCGGCCAUCCUCUCCCUCUGCAUCCUGGCACAGGCCUGCCUCUCCCUGCCUCAGCCCAGGACCAGGUCAUGCUCUGCCCCCCAAACCACCGUCCCCCCGAGGCACCACUGCAUCACCAAAGGGGCGGGUUCGGAGGAAGGAUGAGGCAAAGGAGAGCCCUAAUGUGGCAGGGCCUGAGGACAAGAACCAGAGCAAGGGCAAAGCAAGCGAUGAGAAGGAGCCUGCAGCCCCAGCCUCACCAGCACCCUCCCCUGUGCCCUCACCCACCCCAGCCCAGCCCCAGAAGGAGCAGCCCACAGCAGAGAUCUCUGCAGAUACUGCUGUCUUGACCUCACCCCCAGCCCCCGCUCCUCCGGUGACCCCUAGCAAACCCAUGGCUGGCACCACAGACCGUGAAGAGGCCACUCGACUCCUGGCUGAGAAGCGGCGCCAGGCCCGGGAGCAGCGGGAGCGCGAGGAACAGGAGCGGAGGCUGCAGGCAGAAAGGGACAAGCGAAUGCGAGAAGAACAGCUGGCUCGGGAGGCUGAGGCCCGGGCCGAGCGGGAGGCGGAGGCCCGGAGGCGGGAGGAGCAGGAGGCCCGAGAGAAGGCGCAGGCGGAGCAGGAGGAGCAGGAGCGGUUGCAGAAGCAGAAAGAGGAGGCCGAAGCUCGGUCCCGAGAAGAAGCGGAGCGGCAGCGUCUGGAGCGGGAAAAGCACUUCCAGAGGGAGGAGCAGGAGCGGCAAGAGCGCAAAAAGCGCCUGGAGGAGAUCAUGAAGAGGACUCGGAAGUCAGAAGCUGCUGAAACCAAGAAGCAGGACAGAAAGGAGGCAAAGGCCAACAGUUCCAGCCCAGUGAUAGACCCUGCAAAAGCUGUGGAGGCUCGGCCCUCAGGGCUGCAGAAGGAGGCUGUGCAGAAAGAGGAGCUGGCCCCCCAGGAGCCUCAGUGGAGUUUGUCAAACAAGGAGUCACCCGGGUCCCUGGUGAAUGGCCUGCAGCCUCUUCCAGCACACCAGGAGAAUGGCUUUUCCCCGAAGGGACCCUCUGGGGACAAGAGUCUGGGCCGAACACCAGAGGCGCUCCUGCCCUUCGCAGAGGCUGAAGCCUUCCUCAAGAAAGCUGUGGUGCAACCCCCACAGGUCACAGAAGUCCUUUAAGGGGUUGCCUUGGAUCCAGGCACAGCUAUGAAGGCUCCUCUGCAUCACCUACCAGGAUGUCUGGAAGAGAAAGAGACAGAACGAAGCUGGAAGUGGCCAGGGCCCCUGGGGAUUGGGGUCUCUCUGUUAUUUUUAAUCUGCACCUUAUAGACUGAUGUCUCUUUGGCUGGAGCCAGACCCUGCCCCUCAGUGCAUUCGUGUGCUCACACGCACGGACACCCCCCAUACACACAUACACUCACAGCCUCUCUGGCCUCCUCCCUUGGGGAAGGGCCACCUGUAGUAUUUGCCUUGGUUUGGUGGGGUACAGUGGAUGUGAAUACUGUAAAUAGCUUGUGCUCAGGCUCCUUUGCGUGGAGGGGGUGGGUGCAGGAGGCGGACCCUCCCAAGACUCCCCAGGGAGACCUUCCUCCCUCUAUUUAACUGUAACUGAGGGGGAACCCAGGUCUGGGGAUGAGGGGCACCUUGGGCUACAGGAUACUGGUUGCUUUAGGGGGACCCAUGCCCCCUCCCUUGCCUGGAAUCAGUGUUAUUGCAUCUGAUCAAAUUUCUCCAGAAAUAAAGUGAGAAUAAUUCUGCCAGUCCUGUCUAUCCUUGUGGCUGGCGGUGGGGUUGGGAGCAGGGGGCCUCCUGAGUUCUAAGAACUUGAGGAGCCAGGGCCUGGGGAUAUCCAUCCCUACCUGGUACCAGUGCUAGAUGUCCUGCCUGUGGUCUUCCAUUCUGUCAUGAAUUCGUUCAUUUAUCAUUUAACAAAAGUGGUUACCACUGUUCUGUAUCAGGCGGGCUCUCUGCUGGGGACGCAGUAGUAGGAAAAGGCAUAGCCUCUGUUCUUACAGAGUUGACAGCACAUCCGGUGAGCAUCAGAGACCCUGAGUCACCCAUUCAACAUCCACUCCCAUCACCCCUUCCUCAUUCCAAACAGAAUCCUAAUUUUGUUCAGGUGACUGUCUUCCUCCUGGAUCCCAUCCUGUACCUCAGCAGAGGUGGAUCCCAAGCCCAGAGGUGAAUCAUAAUUGUAAUGAGCCAAAAAUGAUGGUCCCACACCCCUCAUGAGUGUUUGAUUUAGGCCUGGGCACAUGACAUAAUUGCAGCCAGCAUAUGCAAAGAAAAGCCUCCCAAGGUUUCUAGGAAAGGCUUCUUCACUUUUGAAACAAAAAUACCAUGUAGGAGCCAGCUGCUAAGCUCACCUCCCAAGUGUCCCCCACCUCCUGGCGUUUACAUCCUGUGUAGUCCUUUCCCACACGUUGGACCAGGGCUGGACUAAGUGACGACAGAAUAUAGCAGAAGUGGUGGUGUGCCACGUCUGAACUUAGGUCCUAAUAGACACUGCAGCUUCUGUCUUGGUUGCUCUCUCGCUCUUGGACCACUCGCUUGGGAGGAAGACACCACUAAGUUGGGAACAGCCUUAUGGAGAGGCCCAGGUACGGAGGGAUUGAAGCCUUCUGCCAACAGCCACGUGAAUAAACUUGGAAGUGGAUCCUCUAACCUCAGUUAAGCCUUCAGAUGACUGCAACCCUGGUCAACAACCUCAUGAGAGACCUUCUGCUAGAACCAGCCAGCUAAGCCACUCCUAGGUUUCUAAACCUUGGAAACUGUGAGAUAAUAAAUGCCGUUUUAAACUGCUAA